CUGCGCUCUCCUAGUUUUUUUUUACACACUUCUCCAUCCCACCACCUCUCUCUCUAAAAUCUUUCUGAGAGGAGUAGAUUCUAGAGAGAAUCGAAGUUCUUCUUGAAGUCCUCGUUCUCUUCUCUGUAAUUGAAAAAGUAGAGAAGAACCGUGUAACAGAGCUGAUUCUGCAUUCCAAAAGGAAUUCUCGUAUUCAGCUGUUCAAUGGCUUCUGCUCUAAUACUUCUUUUUGGGUGAUGCAAGUAUAAACACAAGAAAAGGUGAAGCCAGCCAGUAUGGAUAAGGACGUGAUUCUAGAGCAGCCUACUGGUGUCUUGACUGGCAUAAAGUUUAGUCUUUUGACUGAAGAAGACUUGGAAAAGCACUCCGCCGUCUCAGUAGAAUCUGUGAAUGAUGUUACAGAUCCUAAGAUGGGGGUACCAAAUAUGUCAUCCGAGUGUACAACAUGCGGGGCCAAAGACAUAAAAACCUGUGAAGGACAUAAUGGGAUUGUUAAAUUGCCAAUAGAUCUUUUCCAUCCCUUCUUCACUUCAGAAAUUGCGCAAAUUCUGAAUCAAGUCUGUCCGGGUUGCAAGUCCGUCAGGACGAAGGGCCCGAGCUCAAUGACAGAAACUUCAGCUUCCCCAUAUUAUGCUCAACAAUUUACGUGCAAAUAUUGUGUUAAAAGCUCAACUGAUUGGUAUCCUAAAAUGAAGUUUAAAGCUGCGGGUGCGAGAGAUUAUUUUGGAAAGAAUAUUUCAGAAAUUAUUGUAGAAGUGACAGACAAGAUUCCUAGGAAGUACUUCAGUAAGGGUCUUGAACUGCCAAUGGAUUACUGGGAUUUUAUUAUGAAAGACCCGCAACAAGUAGAAACUGAUUAUAAAUCCCACAGAAGAUCUCUGACACCAUUACAGGUUUGUAAUAUAUUAAAGGAUGUUGAUCCGAACUUCAUCAAAAGCAUUGUUCCAAAGCGUAUAUUGCUUUUUCUUUCUGCAAUAUUAGUUACACCCAAUUGUGGCCGCGUGGUGGAGAUGGCCAAUCUACUCACUACUGGGCAGAGUAUGAUUUUUGAUGAUCGUACCAAAGCUUACAAACGGCUUGUUGAUUUUAAAAGAAGUGCUAAUGAACUUGGCUCCCGCGUGGCCGACUGCUUAAGUGUUUCCAAGCUAAACACUGGAAAGUCGUCCAACAAUAAAUUAGAUUCUUUCAACAAUAAAUUUGAUUUUCCAAACAAGAAACCAGAUUCUUCUAAAACUGGUCAUCAAUGGGUUAAAGAUGUUAUGCUUGGCAAGAUGACGGAUAAUUCUUUCCGUAUGGUUAUUGUUGGUGACCCGAGGAUUAAAUUGGGUGAAAUUGGUAUACCAAAUGAUAUUGCAGAAAGGUUGGAGGUUACUGAGUGCCUAAACUCGUGGAAUUGGCAAAAGUUAAAUAUGUGUGCCAAUUCCCGUCUUCUGGAAAAAGGAGUCCUUAUUGUAAGGAGAAAGGGUAAAAAGGCUUGCGUGUUCAAGACGGACGAUCUGAAAAUUGGUGACGCUGUCUAUAGGCCUUUAGAAGAAGGCGAUCUUGUGAUGAUUAAUCGACCUCCAUCUUUGCAUCAACACUCUAUAAUUGCUUUAUCUGUUAAGAUCCUGCCGACAGGCUCGGUUGCUUCCUUAAACCCACUUAUAUGUGAUCCUCUCCGUGGGGAUUUUGAUGGUGAUUGUCUUCAAUGUUAUGUUCCACAAUCCAUUGACUCCAGGGUGGAGUUGAGGGAGCUUGUUACUUUAAACCAGCAACUAGUAAAUGGACAAAAUGGACAGAGCCUACUUUCGGUGAGUCAUGAUAGCUUAGCUGCUGCUUAUUUGCUAAGGAAAGAUGAUGUUUACUUGAAUAAAGCACAAAUUCAGCAGUUAGAAAUGUUGUCUCUUCAUCUUCCCCCCUUUCCUGCCAUUGUGAAAGCACCCACACCCGAAAUGAAGGAGGAUGAAGCAUGCUUGCAUCAGCGACCCAUCGAGCAGUUAGAAAUGUUGGCUUCUCAUCAUUUUCGCUCUCCUGCUAUUGUUAAAGCACCCAAUUUUCAGAGAUCUAUGUGGACUGGUAAGCAGCUACUGAGCAUGUUAAUGCCGCAAGACUUUAAUUUUGAUUUUCCAGUGAAUGGUAUCUGCAUAUCUGAGGGAGAGAUACUAUCUUCUUCACUGGAGUCUGCUUGGCUGCAAGAUACGGAUGAUAGCAUUUACUCUACUCUGGUCAGGAAUUAUGGGGAUAAAACUCUUGACAUCCUGUUUUCUGCUCAGGAGAUAUUGUUGGAAUGGAUAUCAAUGAGGGGUUUUAGUGUUUCUUUGUCAGAUAUAUACCUAUCUUCUAAUUCAUGCUCCAGAGGAAAUAUGGUUGAGGAAGUGAGCAUGGGUUUACAAGAAGCUACCCAAGCAUUUCGAACCAAGGACUUUCUGAUAAAUCGUACGUGUAUGGAGAAUCUUCUGAGAGAUAGUGAAGACACCCAUAAUUGUGAAACUUUUGAAGUGGAUGAUAUCGACAAAAGGUUAUAUGACUUGACCGAAAUAAACAUUGGUGCAUAUCAGGAUGUCUUUCGUGAUGUCCAAAGGCUGGUGUACCAUUAUGCAUCGAAGGAAAACUCGAUGCUUGCUAUGGUUAGAUCGGGAAGCAAGGGUAGUUUACUGAAAUUAGUUCACCAAAGCCUGUGUCUUGGUUUACAACAUUCGAGUGCUCCAUUAUCUUUUAGAGUGCCCAGCAUGCUUUCAUGUUCUGCAAGGAAUCAUAGAGAUUUUGAUACUCCUGGAUCCCACAUUCUUUACGCCGUGAUUGAAAAUUCUUUCCUCAGUGGCUUGGACCCUUUAGAAUGUUAUGUGCAUUCGGUGUCAAAUCGGGAUAGUUCUUUUGGAGAAAAUGCUGAGAUUCCUGGAACUUUGUUUCGAAAGAUUAUGUUCUACAUGCGUGAUUUAUACCUUGCGUAUGAUGGGACGGUUAGGAAUGCAUAUGGAAACCAGCUUGUCCAAUUCUCUUAUGGUGUAUCUGAUAAGGUUACAUCCACUGAGGAUGAGAUAUCUUGCCAGAUUAGUACUGGCAGUGACAGAAGAUGUGGCGGCGAACCUGUGGGCUCGUUGGCUGCAUGCUCCAUUUCUGAAGCAGCAUAUAGCGCCUUAGAUAAGCCACUUUCUAGUGUGGAAGAUUCUUUAUUGCUGAAGCUAAAGAAAUUAUUGAUGUCUUCAAAGACGAAGACAGCGGAGGUCCAGAAUGUAACACUGUUUCUGUCUAAGAAACUAAAAAGAUUGAAUUAUGGAUCUGAGUAUGGAGCCAUAGCAGUUAAGAGUCAUCUGGAGAAAGUUCUUUUUUCAGAAGUUAUUUCUGACACUGCAAUUGUUUUUUCUGAAGAAAAUUGUCAGACCCAUCUUAGUCCAUGGAUCUGCCACUUUCACAUUAGCAAGGAAGAGAUGCAGAAGAAAGGGCUGAAUGUUGCAUCUAUAUCGAGUGCUCUCGAAAAGAAUUGUUGCUCUAACUUGAGCAAACAGAAGUUUGAACUGCCAGUCAUGCAUCUUGAUAGCAGAAGUCAUUGCUCGAUGGCUGGUUCAGAAACCAGUUGUAUUGUGGGGUCUGUUGACAUCGAAGAGGCUUGUUCCAACCAAUUGGCUGGUGUUCGUGACGUGAUGAUGCCAUUUUUGCUUGGGACGGUCAUCAAAGGGUUCGUGGAGGUUGAGAAAGUAGAUAUCGUGUGGAAUGAUUUGCCCAGGGGAUCUCGUACAAGUUCUUCUGGUGAAAUGUGUCUAAGAGUUUCCAUGGCCAGAAAAUUCAAGAACUUCAAGUUCUGGAGUAUUAUUAAGAAUGCCUGUCUCCCCAUUAUGGAUCUAAUCGAUUGGGAACGCAGUUAUCCGAACAGCAUCAAUGAUGUAUCUCAUGCCUAUGGGAUAGAGGCUGCAUGGGCACACUUUUUCAGAAGUUUGAAGUCUGUAACAUCUGAUAUAGGAAAGAGUAUUCUUGAAGAACAUCUGCUCCUCAUUGCAGAUCGUUUGUCUUUUACAGGGGAGUUUCUCGGUUUAACUGCCAAAGGAUUAAUAACUCAGACAUCCACCCCAUCUCCAUUUAAUCAAGCAUGCUUCAGUAGACCUCUCUUCAAUUUCGUCCAAGCUGCAAAGGAUGAAGCUAAAGAUGAUCUUUCAGGGACCCUAGACGCAGUUGCAUGGGGCAAGAAAGUUCCCGUUGGCACUGGUGGCAACUUUGAGAUUAUUUAUUCGCAAAAGGAUGACCAAGUUGACAAACUGGAUAUCUUUAAUACGUUAUCUACCCAACCGAUUUAUAAAGACGCGCAAAAGGCGUCCCCUAAAAAAGGUGACAAAUGGGAUAACUAUUCAUUUGCAGAUGGAUUUGCAAUCCCAGCUACGCCCGUUAAGUCAGAAAGCAUCCCAAAGGCAGUUGGUAACGCUUCUCCUUCAGAAAAUGACAUAUUAGACAUGGUCUUUCAAUUGCAGAACAUCUUGUACAAGUAUCCGGUUGGGCAUUCUUUGAGUGAAGACGAGAUAUCCACAAUGAUUUGUGCUUUGAGUUAUCACCCUCGAGGAAAUGAGAAGGUGGGAUCUGGACUUCGUGAAAUUAAGGUUGGUUACCAUCCGAAGUAUAAUUCUCGCUGUUUCAAUGUAGUAAGAACUGACGGUAGCAUUGAAGAUUUCUCGUACCGAAAGUGUGUUUUCGAAGCAGCAAAACGAAUUUCUAUUCAUUGUGCUGAAUCGAUAAUGAAACGGUUUAAGAAUGAUAACAACAACAGUUACCUGGUGCAAGAGCACAAUUGAUAACCUCCCACUCCGUGGAGGAGUACAAUUUUGCUACUUCAUUUUUUGGUGCUUUGCUACUUGAAUUCAAUCUUAUCCAUACAUCUAAGUGCAUAUAGUACAGUCAUAGAUAUGUCCUUGGUUGUUUGGAUGGGAUUAAUUCUAAAAAGCUAAUCACCAAAAAUCAAGUAACAACAUGGCACUCCGCCCCAAGGAGGGCAUGUUGGUACGGGAGUGAUAAACAUCUUAUCCAAGAGAAAUCUGUUGAUCCACGGAACAUGCUAAAGGCUGCUGCAAUUACUAUGGGCAGCCACAAGUUGCAAUCCUUUCAAAGCAAAAGGAAGGCUGUUAAUGCCACUUGUGCAGUCGCAGCCUGAUGAAGAUGGGAGAUUGCUGCACAAUGAAAAUGGAAGAAUUUUGGUCCAGAAGCCCACUUGAACUUUCAAAGAUAAUUCUUUCGGAGUUGCACGUGCUGGUGGUGGGAGGAGGCUAAGGAACACUAGUUACCAUUUAGGUUUUGAAGCAUGUAGUAUGUAAAAUAAAAACAACCAUCGCUUUAUUUCUGCCACUAAAUACUACUAUGUAAAAGCUAUAGAAGUUGAAAAUAGAUCUCCCUUUGAAAGUCUUAAUGAUAGUAGUUUCAAGUUUACUUUCUGCA